CGCGCGGGUUCGUAGCCACUCUUUACAGCUCCACACGCAGUCGAUCGCGCUCGGCAAAAGUGAAAAAGAAAUAUCCAAGUGGUCCGGAAAAAAAUAUUUUUUUUUUAACCAAGUGUCCCCAUAGGCCGAGGAAAGGACAACAGAGAUGAUGCAGGGAAACGAGGGCCUAGCCGGAGGGUCUUCCACGGCGUAGGCCUCCUCGUCGAGUGCGUGUGCUACACUAUAUUUAUACACACGGAGUAACGUAACGGAGAUAUACAUAUAUAUAUAAUAUACACACACAUAGAGGAGUUGCGUGGGGUGUGUGUAUAUUUAUAUAUAUAAGGAAGAGAGCAGAAGAGGGAAAAGCCUGGGAGCCGUGCGAGAAUGGAGCUGUCGCUGCCGCGGCCCUUUGGAAUGAUGCUGGGCCUCCUGGUGGUGGUGAUGAUGCUGGCGGCUACGGCACCGACGAGGGCCCAGCUCGAGCAGAGGUUACCCACGGCCCAGCAGCUGCAGCUCCAGGCCAAUAGGCGCGCCGACUGUCCGAUCUUUUGCGUCUGCAGCACGUGGCUGAGGCUCAACAGGGCCUCCUGCACCGGCAAGGGCCUAUUCAGCAUCCACACUGGUGUUUCCAACUACAUGCAGGUGCUCGACCUCUCCAACAAUUCCAUCAGCCAACUCGAGGACAAGGGACUCUCGCGCGCCGGUCUUACGAAAUUGAAGUUCUUGAACCUGUCGAUGAACUCCAUAAGCGAGAUCGGCAUGAAAGCCUUCGACGAUCUGCGGGCCCUGGUCGUGCUCGAUUUGUCGAUGAACCACAUCGACUUCAUCACACCGGACACGUUCAUCCACAACAUGGAGCUCAAGAUCCUCAAUCUCUCCGGAAACAAGUUCAAUCUACAAGUGCCAGUGUUACACAGCUCCUCCAUCACGGACCUUGACUUGAGUGGCUGCCGGAUCAAUUCUUUGCCCACGGACACCUUCUUGGGGCUGAAACAACUGCGCAAACUCAAUCUGUCCAACAAUAAGCUCAUUGGACUCGAUAGGGAGGUCCUGCUCGCAAUGCCAUCCCUUCAGUUUCUCAUGCUCGGACGGAACCCAUGGUUGUGCGACUUUGAGUUCUACAACCUGAAGGUAGCAAUUCGCAAGGCAGACAUCCGCAUGGACCCGGUGUGCGAGAGGCCCACUCUGGAGGCCAAGUUCGAGGAGAUAAUCGCUAAGACGUCGGAAUCUGAUAUCGACGAGCCGAUCAUUAUAAAAUCGACGAAACGGCCGAUCCUGGUGCCUCGAGCUGAGCUCAACGAGCACACCUGGGACACGGAGUCGUGGCGCGAGUUCGAGGAGGCGUUGCGCGAUGAGCAGCCACCGAUGGCCGAGCCCCGAGCCUCGAAUGUCUUCGUCGCCACCCUGAACAAUCUCUCGCCUUUCUGGUUCCUCCUUACCGGUUUUUUGUUCGGCAGCGUGGCCACGAUGCUCUUCACCUACCUCUGGUUCUCGGAUAGUGUCACCUGUCCCCGAAGGAUCCGAUCCUCCGAGAUCGUCAACUCGCCCGAAGUCAACUCCCAGAGGGUCUCGCUGCUCAGGGGAACCUUUUAUCUGUUCAGGCACCUUUGGCAGCAGGAAAACCUGCCGAGCUCCGAUGAGGUCUCUGUCAGGGGAGGCGAAGGUGUUGGACCUACGGUCUUUCUCCCGGCCCUCGGGGCGACGGUGCCAACCUGCCCAGGCACGCCGCCACCGCCUUAUCGCGAAGUGAUGCUGCACUGCAAUCUUUACCCAAGGGCGGCGAUGGUCGCGGCUGCCCAACAGGCGUCCGGUAGAACUCUCUCCACCGAAUGAACGAUCGUUUUACGAUUUUACUCUAUGUGUGUGUUCAACGAGAACGGGCUUCGAUAUGUGCCUUCGAGUCGUCUUCCAUGCCGAUUUUUUUUUCUUUCCUUUUUUUUUAUUGGAAGAGCGUUUGCCAUUUGAAACUGCUUAUCAAUUUAUUUUUAAUCGUCACUCGUUUUAAGGAAGAACAAAAGCGACUCUGGACGGUCAAGUGCCUUAUUCGUGUCGAUUAUACGUAGGAUUAGGUUUUUGUAGUUACGAACCCAUGUGUAUACAAUAUUAUGUUAUACUGAAUGAACACUUUCGUUUACUUAGAUUGUUUUAUUUUAUUUUUUUCGUGUGCGAGUUUACUAUGAAUAUUUUUCGACUGAAAAAAACCACUUUCAAUUCGUAUUACGAUUAUUUUAAUCUGCUAUACUUGAAAAAAAAAAAAAAAAUUUGUUUAAUAAC